UUUAACCCUUGUGGUUUGUAAGAGAAAAGAGGGCAUCCGAGGGAGAUGGGCUCCACCAGCACUGCGGCGAGGCUCUUCUGUUGUGUCGCAUUGUCCAUGGUUGCUGUCGGAUUCGCUAUUCCUCAAGAGAAAACCAAAUUCAUAUCAAGUAACGACCUCUGUCUUAAACGGGCGUGGCGCGUGAUCGAUCCUGACCGGCGCGCCGCGCGCGCGUGCGGCGCCUUGGCUGGUGCAGGGGUGUGCCCGGUGCGGUUCGACACCUCGCCCGGCAUGGACGUGGUGAUCAGCAGCUGCCGCGGGGUGCCGACGGCGCAGCGGUGCUGCGGGGCGUUCAAGACCUACGCGUGCCCCUACAGCGACGUGAUCAACAACAACGCCGAGAACGGGUGCGCCAGCGCCAUGUUCUUCGAGAUCGACGUCCGCGGCAGGCUGCGGCCGGGGCUCUUCUCCCAGCUGUGCGCCGAGGGCCCCUUCGGGCUCAAGUGCUGAUCAGGUCGCCGUCGUGCCAGCUCGCGAUCGGUCUAGCUCCUACCACCGCCUAUACCUGCUGCUGGCCGGCGGCCGGUAGUAUCUCCAGCUAAUUUGCUACCUUGAUGCCCGGCUGCUCCCUCCUGUGGCGGCAUUGCAUUGAUUUGCAUGUAUCCGGUUUCUGUAUCGGAGACGAAUUGUCGAUCGAUACGUGCUACAAUAUACAGGUA